UAGGAUUUCUUUAGAUUUUGAAUUUGAACUAAUUCGCGGUCGAAGUAGGGUGUUUUGCGUUUACGUAUUGUCAAUUAGCAGAUGUAGCACUGUCUCGUUCACAUAACCACAGAUAUUAGUUCAUAACCAUACUUUUUAAAGUCUCGUAAAUCGAAAAGAAAUAAUUGCAGACUUCUUAUAUUAAUUAUCCUCCAAGUCCUGUUUCUUCGAAAGAUGUUUUGUACAGUUCUGGAUUAUAUUCGGAUCCAGAAACUGAAUGUAGAAAGUGCGAGUUACAGCUUACUCCAGAAGGCGUUAAUGUAAUUGUACGGUGCGAGGAAUGCAAAGAAUUACUUUCUAAGAAUAAAAAGUAAAAGAAAAUAAGCGCAAUUAUAAAUGAAACAAAACGUAGAUCGAUGUUGUUGUGUUAACAGUUGUCAUGAGGAAUUUUAAUUUUUUUGGUUAAAGUGUUGUAGUUUCAGUUGAUUCGUAUUAAAAACACUUUUAUGUAAUAGAAAGAAGCGAUGUGGCGGAAUACGUUAUCUAAAUUAUAUAGAAGAAGAAAUUUUGGUAUAAACUCACGUCCAACGCAAGUUGCCACAAAAUAUGCACCAGAGGAAUCCUUAUCUGUCAUUCAAAAAUUGAAAAUUGGUGAAGAUGUGCACGGCUUCAGAGUUGAACAAAUCAGAAAGAUUAGUGAAUUCAACUUAACUGCAAUAAAAUUAUUACACAAGAUUACAUCAGCUGAAUAUCUGCAUUUGUAUAGGAAUGAUAACAAUAAUGCCUUUAGCAUCAACUUCCGUACAACACCGAAAAAUAGUACAGGGCUUCCACAUAUUCUUGAGCACACAGUUUUGUGCGGUUCAGAGCUUUACCCCGUUCGGGAUCCCUUUUUCAAAAUGUUAAACAGAUCUCUAGCUACAUUUAUGAAUGCUAUGACUGGGUCUGAUUACACAUUGUAUCCAUUUAGUACACAGAAUUAUACAGAUUUUACUAAUUUGCAAAAGAUCUACCUAGAUGCUGUUUUUCGGCCGAAACUAAAACUGCUAGACUUCUUACAAGAAGGAUGGAGAUUAGAAAACACUGAUCCAGAAGAUCCCAAAUCUGACAUAAUUAUCAAAGGUGUUGUAUAUAAUGAAAUGAAGGGGGUUUUUAGUGAAAACGAGAAUAUUUAUAUGCAGAAAUUGCAAAAUUUAAUUCUUCCUGAUCACACAUAUGGCGUUAUAUCUGGCGGAGAUCCUUUAGAAAUACCAAAUCUGACAUGGGAUGAUUUGAAAACGUUCCACGAAAACUUUUAUCAUCCCUCAAAUGCAAAGUUUUUUUCCUAUGGAAAUUUCCCUCUAGUUCCUUCUUUACAAUAUUUGAACGAAGAAUACUUAUCUAAAGCUACCAAGAAAGCUGACCUGAAUACGUAUGUGCCACCUCAGGAAAAGUGGACAGAACCCAAGGAAAUUGAAAUAUUUGGUCGUUAUGAAAGCAUGAAGGAAUCCUUCGAAAAGCAGAAUAUGAUUUCCAUUUCUUGUCUCAUGACUGAUAUCACCAAUUUGUACCAAACUUUCUUGGUCAAUAUUUUGAGUGAUUUAUUAGUAAAAGGGAUGAAUGCCCCGUUUUAUAAAUCCAUGAUUGAACCCAAUUUUUCAGGAGGAUUUACACAAAGUACAGGAUUUGAUACUCAGCCUCGGGAUAGUAUAUUCACAUUGGGACUGCAAAGCAUUAAAAAGGAAGAUUUUGAUCGCUUUCUGAAGAUUUUCGAUGACACGAUCGAUAACGUUAUCAAAAACGGAUUCGACCCGAAACAUGUAGAAUCUGUACUUCAUAGAUACGAAUUAGGAAUAAAGCAUGAGCUAAAGAAUUUUGGUUUGCACGCUAUUUUAGGAUUGACACCCCUAUGGAACCACGGCGGAGACAUAAUCGAUUUCUUACAAGUUAACAAACACAUCAGCACGUUUAAAAGAGAAAUGUCUCAAGACAAACAAUAUUUACAGAAAGCAGUCGAGAAAUAUUUUAAAAACAACAAUCACAAAUUGAUACUGAAGAUGUUACCUGAUAAAGAGUAUGAGAACAAGAUGAACGAGUCUGAAAAAGAAUUGAUACAUAAAAAAGUCUCAGGCUUAACAACCGAUCAAAAGAAAGAAAUUUUCGAACGGGGACAAGAAUUGUUAAAAGAAUUAAACACUAAGCCAAACACCGAAAUAUUACCGUCACUAAAAAUGAACGAUAUAAGCAAUGAGGUUGAACAUUUUCCUAUAGAGAAAACAUCGGUGGGCCCCGUUUCUACUCAAAUGAAUAUCGUCAAUAGCAAUGGCGUAACAUACUUUAAAGGACUCUUGAACACUUCAGAGCUCACAUUGGAACAACAAAUGUUGCUGCCACUGUUGUGUUAUGUCAUCGACAAGUUGGGAACAAAUCAUUAUAGUUACAGGGAAUUUGAUCAGUUGAUAAAUUUAAAAACCGGUGGUUUAAAUUUGACACCGCACAUAGGAGAGAGUUUGUACCAACUGCAUUCAUAUGAACCUGGAAUUUUCAUUUCCAGUUAUUGUUUAGACGGGAAUUUGGAUUACAUGCUGGACUUAUGGCAGGAGCUAUUCCAGUUAACAGAAUUGAAGGACGUUAAAAGGUUCGAGAAUUUAACCCAGUUGUACAUGGCAAAUUUGACCAAUGGUAUGGUGGAUAGUGGACAUGUUUACGCCAUGCAGGCGGCUUCUGGUCUUGUUUCCGGUACAGAAUAUCAGAAAGAUCUUCUGAUGGGCCUUCAACACAUCAACUACAUGAAGAACUUGAUAAAGACGAGGAAUUAUGAGGCCAUGCUUGCAGAAAUUUCAAAUAUAAUAAAAAUCGUGUUUAAUAAAAAUAGAUUAAGGUGUGCUCUCAAUAUGACUCGUGAUAAUCAAGUGGAAUCAUUUAAAAUGUACGAAAAAUUCAUUAAUGAUCUUCCCAGCAGUUCGAUGGGAACUCCUAAUGAAAAUAACUAUCGCACAUCGAACGUCUGGACACCAAGUGACGCCGUAAAUUGCCAGCACCACAUCUUGAAUAUUCCCGUUCAUUUUUGUAGCAAAUCGAUCUUAACGGUUCCUUACACUGAUCCUGAUCAUUCAAAAUUGAAAGUCCUUGCACGCUUAUUAUCAACUCUGUAUUUAUUCCCAGAAAUAAGAGAGAAAAACGGCGCGUACGGAGGAGGAGCGUCUCUCACCUCAAGUGGUGUCUUCACAUUUUACAGUUAUAGAGAUCCACGUAGUUUGCAAACUCUUGACGUUUUUGACGAGAGUCUAAAUUGGCUCCAAACGAAAAAGGAUGAUAUAACAGAGCAGGAUAUCCUGGAAGCAAAACUAGGAGUAUUUCAGAACGUUGACGGUCCCGUGCCCCCGUCUAAUAAAGGACUUGAUGAAUUUUUAAAGGGUCUAAGUAAAGAUAUUUUGCAAAGACAUAGAGUAGCCCUCAUGACCGUUAAGGAGUCGUCAAUUCUAAAAGCAGGAGAACGUUAUUUAGGUGAUGAUAACGCUGUGAAUAGCAGUAAGGUCGUGUUAGGACCAAAAAGCGAUGAUUUUGAUACAAGUAAAAGAUUAAAAGAGCUCUGGACUGCAUAUGAAGGAUAAUUAGAUGAUCUUAUAUACUAAAUUACGUGUUUUUCUUUUGUUAUAGCAUUUUCUUUUCCUUUUUGUUAAUAAAAGUAUAUCAGGAAAA